AGUUCACUCACCUGCUGCUCUCCCUAGCUGCGGGACUUGCACUUGCAAUAUUUAUGAGACCCCUUAUAUAAAGCUUGGUCUCCCCUCUCUAGUUGUUGCUCCCCUUGUUUUCAUCAUCAGUGAAUAUCCCUCACUGUUCCUACACAGCGUCACAAUGUCUGAUUUUGAAUAUCAUGGAGGUCAUCAAGACGAAGAAGAUGAGGAGCAGGGAGAGGGAGGAGAACGGCCCAAAUACAAGCCAAUGGUCUCACAGCUCGGUGCCCCAAAAAUCCCUGAGGGAGAGAGGGUUGACUUUGAUGACAUCCACAGGAAAAGGAUGGAGAAAGAUCUUCUGGAGCUGCAGACACUGAUUGAUGUCCACUUUGAGCAGCGGAAGAAAGAAGAAGAGGAGCUGAUUGGACUCAAAGACAGGAUUGAGAGCCGCCGGGCAGAAAGAGCUGAGCAGCAGCGUGUGAGGGCUGAAAAAGAGCGGGACAGACAGACAAGGAUUGCGGAGGAGAGACAGAGAAAAGAGGAUGAGGAGGCUAAGAAGAGGGCAGAUGAUGAAGCCAAGAAGAAGAAAGUGCUCUCCAACAUGGGGGCUCACUUUGGAGGGUUCCUGGCUAAGGUGGAGCAGAGGCGAGGCAAAAAGCAAACCGCGAGGGAGAUCAAGAAGAAGACUCUGGCAGAAAGACGAAAGCCACUGGCUCUUGAGAACCUGAGAGAAGAUGGCCUGAGACAAAGAGCCAAUGAGAUGUGGGAAUGGAUCUACCAGCUGGAGUCAGAGAAAUUUGACCUGACUGAGAAGAUGAAGAGGCAGAAGUAUGAGAUCAAUGUCCUCCUGAACAGAAUCCAACAUGCUCAGAAAUUCAAAAAGGUCCAUGGUAAGGGGAAGGUUGGAGGACGCUGGAAGUGAACUGACACACUCAAAGGGCACAAAGGAAAGAAGAUGACUGUUCACCGGUGUCUGAACAAUAUUGCACCAAAUUUGCAGUGU